AUGGUGACAGGCGCGUCGGCGCUGAGCCUUUUGGCGUGGAGUUACUGCGUGUUGGCCACACAGGUCUCCUUCUCCAACUUCUCCGUGGACAACGAGGUGCGCUCCAGCUUCAUCCAGCGGCGACUGCGGAGCCAGGAGCGCAAAGAGAUGCAGCGGGAGAUCCUCUCCAUCCUGGGGCUUCCCCACCGUCCUCGGCCGCACAUCCACACCAAACAAAACGCAGCCCCGAUGUUCAUGCUGGACUUGUACAAUACAAUCUCCACAGAUUUUGAACCUCAAGGCUAUUCAUAUUACAAGCCCGUCUUUACGACCCAGGCCACCCCGAUGGUGACCCCACAGGACAGCCGCUUCCUGGAUGACGCAGAUAUGGUGAUGAGCUUCGUCAAUAUGGUUGAACAGGAUCAGGAUCUUCUAUACAAACAGCAAAGGGAAUUUCGCUUUGACCUUUCCCGUAUCCCAGAGGGAGAAGCCGUCACAGCAGCAGAGUUCAGGAUUUACAAGUAUUACAUCCCGGAACGCUACGAGAAUGAGACGUUCAUUGUCAGUGUCUACCAGGUGCUGCAGGAACCCCCAAACAGCGAAACAGAGCUCUUCCUGCUGGACCAGCGAGUUGUUUGGGCUGCAGAGGAAGGCUGGCUGAUCUUUGACUUGACUGCCACCAGUAACCAUUGGCUGGUCAACCCUGACCAGAACCUGGGCCUGCACCUGGUGCUGGAGGACAGCGACGGCCAGAGGAUGAACCCCAGACUGGUGGGGCUGCUGGGGGGCAGCGCGCCCCAGGACAAGCAGCCCUUCAUGGUUGCCUUUUUCAAAGCCACUGAGGUGCGCUUUCGAAGCAUCCGCUCUGCCCAUGGCCACAAGGGACGCCACUCGAACCGCUCGAAACCACAGAAGACUGCCCAGGAUGCUCUCAAGGCAGCUGAGGCUGCAACAGCUAACCUCAGCAGUUCCAAGCAGGGCUGUAAAAAGCAUGAGUUGUAUGUCAGUUUCAGAGAUCUGGGAUGGCAGGACUGGAUCAUAGCACCGGAGGGUUAUGCAGCAUACUACUGCGAGGGGGAGUGCGCCUUCCCUCUCAACUCCUACAUGAAUGCCACCAAUCAUGCUAUUGUGCAAACUCUGGUACACUUUAUUAACCCAGAGUCAGUGCCCAAGCCGUGUUGUGCCCCUACUCAGCUCCAUGGCAUCUCCGUGCUCUACUUUGAUGACAGCUCCAAUGUCAUCCUCAAGAAGUACCGCAACAUGGUGGUGAGAGCCUGUGGCUGCCAUUGA